AAUCACAUGAUGUGUAUUUUGUCAUAUGAUACUGAUGAGAGGACCUGAUCCCACUUCGACCGAGCGUCACUGACGUCCUCUGUGAAAACACAAGGACAAGUCGACCACUUGUCAGGGAUGAGAUGCUGUAGCCGGACACUGUUUGUUGGUAGUACUCGAUAAUCUGUGGAGGAUGGCCCGCCUGGGACUUCUGCCAGCGAUAUGCGCCGCUUAUUUACUAGGCAUGGUGCUGAGCCAGACCACACUCGCUCCGGCUGUGAUGAACACCACUCUCAUCGAGAAUGUGACUAGUCUGACUCUAACUCCCGUGAUCCUCAGCAGCACAACCCCGGGCUGCUUUGCAUUCAACACUUCUUCUUGUGAGCCUUGUCCACCAGGAUCGCAGUACGACAACAACACCCUGAUGUGUGCAUGCUGUGCUGACCCCGGGCUGUGUCUUUUUCCUGGAGCAUGUCUUCCAUGUACAACAGGUUUUUAUCAACCACUAGCCGGCCAGCAGCAGUGUCUGCCCUGCAACCGCGGCUUUUACACAAAUUUCACCGGAAGUCCUUUAUGUCACGCCUGCCCUCCUGGAGCCUUCAACAAUCACACUGGUGGAGACAGUUGCACAAGUUGUUCACCAGGUUUCUUUUCAUCGCAGCAGAGCUCCACUUCCUGUACACCAUGUGAACUCGGAACUUUUUGCAACUCCUCUGGUUGCCCCCUGUGUGAGAAGUGUCCUGGAGGAUCAGAAGCUCUACAAACUGCCACUCAAGUUUGCACAGCAUGUCGGCCAGGCAUGUACAAGGCUCCACAUCAGACUAUGUGUCAAAUCUGCAACAGCGGCUUCUUCCAGAUCCACUGGGGCCAGGAGAGCUGCGACGUGUGUCCAGAGAAUCACUACUGCCCUAGUCCAGAUGUAAACCCCAUUCAGUGUCCUAGCGAUGCCUUUUGUCCAGCGGGCAGCUUAGCUCCAGGAUACUGUAUGGAGACUUUCUUUCGCAAAGAGGGGGACACGUGUGAACUUGCUCCUGUCACUAUUGCUCUUUUAGUCAUAAGCGGAGGAGCUCUACUCUUCAUCAUUUUAAUGGUAGUACGACGACGGAGAGACACUGACAGAGAGCUGAAUGUAGCUCGAGCUCCGUUACUACGCAAGGAGCGACCUCAGGGUCGAUACUACGGGAUCCCCUGUGAUGCAGAGCCUGUGUAUGCUGGCUGGUGAACCAAAGGACAUUACAUGAGCUUUCUUAAGUGUAGGACUAAACCAACUGAGAUCUCUAAACAUAAGAAAAACUUUUUAUGAAAAAAAAGAAGACUUUUUAUGUGGUACGUUUGAAUAUAUUAUUGAGAAAUGGACAUUUACUGCUGUGUGACUUUUUGUUGUUGUUUGACACUGUUACAGUUGUUCCACUCAAAGACAAGCACUCUACUUUUGUAAACUAUGCAUUAUGAGAGGUAUGUAUGCUGGGAUGAGUGCCAUACCUGGUUAGGAACUUCUCUCUUAUGAAAAGCACUUUUUAAAACCAAAGUAAUUGAUUUACUUUGCACUCAUGUCUCUGUAGACGUUUGGGUGCUUCCAUUAACUCCUGAAACUCCACAGUAUAAGAGAGUUGUGAAGUGUGUUUAUUUAAUAUGUUGAUUAGAGUGCUGUGUCCUCUGUAGUCACAUUGGUACAUUUGCUUUAAUGUUUUUCAUCUGCUUUUUUAAAAAUUAUAUUUGUAUGUUUUAAAGUAAAAUAAAUAAAAAUGAUUCAUUAUUA